AUGGCAAGGAUUUUAGCUGCGUUAAGAGAAGCCACGUCAUCUUCAUCAUCAGCAGUAGCAUCAUCAUCUACAGUUGAUGGAACUCUUGCAAUGAUUUGCAUGGUUGUAGCUUCAGCGAUGAUCAUGUCCAUGAUAAUAUUUGCAUGUGGGCAUCGUCCAAAGAAGCAGAAGCAGCCACAAAAUGUAGCUUAUUAUGGUGCCGGUGGUUAUUAUCCAAAUACGGCAGCUGGGUACGGUGGUGGCGGCGGCCGUGGAGGAGGAACUGGAGGACUUGGCCUUGGUUUGGCAGCUGGUGCCGUUGCUGGACUUGCCGUCGGUGCUGCUGUUGUUGCUGCUGAUAAUAGUAUUGGUGGUGGCGGGUGCGGUGGGGGUGGGUGUGGUGGCGGCGGCUGUGGCGGUGGUGGUUGCGGCGGUUGA